AAAAUUAGUCAAUUAACACAAAAAAAGACUAACACUCUCUCCACUUACUUCAACUUGUAUCUCAUUUUAGUCUUAAGACUGAAAUUUCCUUCCAUUUCUCUCUCCUCCCUGCACAUGUUGAAGCCAUUAAAGCAAGAGUGGGAAAGUUUUUGAGGUACAAAAUAAGCAACACAAAUGAGCAGAUUCAACUCUACCAUGGCUUACCCUCACUUCUUCUUCUUCUUCUUCCUCCUUAUCCUGCUAUCUUCUCUCUCUCUUUCUUCUUCUGAACCGUAUGCGAUACGAAUCAGCUGCGGAGCUCGAAACGAUAUUCAUACACCACCAACAUAUACAUUUUGGUAUAGAGAUUAUGCUUAUACUGGUGGUAGACCAUAUAAUGCAACACCAACAAGUUACAUUUCUCCUCCACUAAAAACCCUAAGAUUUUUUCCAUUAGCUGAUGGUCCAAAUAACUGUUACAAAAUUAAUAGAGUUCCGCUUGGUCAUUACUCUGUUAGGAUCUUUUUUGCGUUAGUUUCAGGAUUGAAUCUUGAAAGUGAACCUCUUUUUGAUGUUUCUGUACAAGGAACUCAAUUUUAUUCAUUGAAAUCUGGUUGGAGUAGUGUCGAGGAUGAAUCAUUUGCUGAAGCGUUGGUGUUUGUACCUGAUGGGUCUGUGGAAGUUUGUUUUCAUAGUACUGGUCAUGGAGAUCCAGCUAUUCUCUCUAUUGAGAUUCUUCAAAUUGAUAAUAGAGCUUAUUUUUUUGGUCCUUAUUGGGGUCAAGGUACCAUUUUGAGAACUGCUCAAAGAUUGACAUUGGGUACUGGGAAACCUGCUUUUGAUGAAGAUUACAAAGGGAAUCAUUGGGGAGGUGAUAGAUUUUGGUUUGGUGUUCAAACGUUUGGUCAGGGCGGGGAUAAACAUAUUUCCACGGAAAGGAAAAUAAGAAAGGUGUCUGGAGGACCGAAUUAUUAUCCGGAACAGCUUUAUCAGUUUGCACUUAUUAGCACUGAUAGUCAGCCAGAUUUGGCCUAUACUAUAGAGGUGGAGCCAAAUAAAAAGUUUUCGGUUUGGUUGCAUUUUGCUGAGAUUGAUCAGCAAGUUACUGGUGUAGGGCAAAGGGUGUUUGAUGUACUGAUAAAUGGUGAUGUUGCGUUUAAAGAUGUUGACAUUGCGAAAAUGAGUGGGGAUCUUUUCACUGCCCUUGUGUUGAACAAGACUGUUGUUGUGAGUGGGAGGAGUUUAACGAUUACAUUGCAUCCAACGAAAGGAAAGCAUGCCAUUAUCAAUGCUAUCGAGGUUUUUGAGGUUGUUCGUGCUGAGUCCAGAACUCUUACAGACGAAGUUAAGGCUUUGCAGUCAUUAAAGAAAGCCAUGGGCCUUCCUGUGCGUUUAGGAUGGAAUGGCGAUCCAUGUGUUCCUCAACAGCAUGCAUGGAGUGGAGUGGACUGCUUGUUUGACGCGCAUCGCUUCAAAUGGGUCAUAGAUGGACUGGAUCUCGAUAAUCAAGGACUGGGGGGUUACGUUCCAAAAGACAUAGCCAAGCUGCACCAUCUACAGAGCAUAAACUUUAGUGGGAACAGCAUUUGUGGGGGAAUUCCAUCCACACUUGGAACAGUAACAUCGCUGGAGACAUUAGAUCUCUCAUUCAACCUACUGAAUGGCUCCAUUCCGGAAAGCCUUGGACUAUUAACUUCACUGCGGAGACUAAAUCUGAAUAGCAACUUCCUAUCUGGAAAAGUCCCCACUGGACUUGGAGGACGACUUCUUCAUAGAGCUAGCUACAACUUUACUUCCAAUGCAGGUCUUUGUGGAGUACCCGGACUACGGAAAUGUGGUCCCCAUCUGACAGUCGGUGCUAAAAUUGGCGUUGCCGUAGGUGUACUUAUAUUGGUUCUACUCAUUCUUAUAUGUUCAAUUUGUUGUUGGAAACGGCGGCAAAAUAUCAUCCGGACACAGCAGAUGGCAGCGAGAGAUGCUCCAUAUGCUAAAGCAAGGACCAAUUUUAUGCGUGACGUCCAAAUGGGUAGGAAUUGGGAAAACUCUCGAGCUGGUGCCGAUAAUGGGCCUCACUUACUCUCUUGAGUGUUGGGUCUGUUGACUUCCUGCCUUCCCACAACCUUCACAGCAAAUUUUGUUCCCUGCUCCACCAAAUACGUUCAAUAUUAAAGUUGGAUCAUAAUUAUCUUUUCUUGGGCCGCGGCCAUUGUUCUGGAUGACAUAGUUUUACAGGUCUGGCAUUGUCCUGUGGAUUCUGACUUGUAGUAGUAAGUUUUUUCUUCUGCCACUUGAUGUAAAAUGUUCUUUUUUUCUCGACCAAAAAUUUGUUGCCGAGGAAAGAACUGUAUGCUGUAAAGAAUUUAGAUAUCAUGUAUUAUAUUCUUGUUUCCUUCUCCGAGUUCAA